AUGAAUCAUCGCAAUAAUUUAAAAGCAAUUAAAAAUUCAAUUAAAAAAUUUAAAAAUAAUAUUCAACUAUUACUAUUAUCAUCUGAUAAUUCUGAAAUAUUAACUGAUUUUGCACAAAUUAAUCAAGAUGAUACAAUGAUUAUUAGUGAUUCUGAAGAUGAAGAGACACAAGAACAAGAAAAAAAUAAUAAUGCUAUGAGCAUAGAGGAGUGGAAUAAAAUAUUUGAUCCUGAUGAAUAUGCAAUAAUUUCAAACCAAAUUGUAAGCAAUAUAAUAACUGACCAUCCAUUGAUUAAUAAGGAUGCAAAAUGGAAUCUUGGUAGUUUGUUUAGUCAAAAUCUUCCAAAACCACCAUAUUUUUUAGAAUUCGAAUAA